AUGAAGUGGACACCAAUUUCGAUUGACUGGGAUACCAGCGAUAGAAGUCAAAUGGAUUAUACCCAAGACACCAUCCAAUCAGUAAACACAUCAGCCAACACAGAAGGUGUUUCUAAUGGAAAAUCCGACCCUGGUAUGAGUGCCGAGAUAGAUUCGGUAGAGAGGUUAGUGAUGUUUGGUAAAUUGAUUUCUUUAGCUCAUAAAGAAUGCAUGGAGAUAGAAACUGAUCUUAAACUAGUCCCAGAAUACACCAAUUUGGAGCACUAUUUAGCAUAUAAAUACAAGGUUUCCACUCCUGGCACUCACUGCUAUUGCAAUCGCUGCAUCGGAUUCUUGGAAAUGGCCCACUUCAACGUUAUCAAGACCCGGAAUAUAUUGUACAACAAGCUUGUUACUUUGGCAAAGAAUAAUUUGAGGUAUCGCGAGAGAUACUCAAUACUUUACCACCAAAUGACCGGCUUCAGUGUCAAGUUCUCGGAUAUGCCUUUUGAUUUGCCAAUCAUUGAUAAUUCUUGCUACGAUUACCAACGACCCAGCCCUCUGGCUAUGGGAAUCUGCCACUUUCGUCGUCGUUAUGAACAAUUGGAGACUUGCCAUGUCAAAAUUGUUCAGACCAAGAAUACUUUACGUCAACAAAUCGAUGCCAUGACUGUCAUGAAUGAAAACUUACUUGAUAAAUGCGAUCAGCUGUUCGCGAUUAUGCAAGAGAAGAUUUCGGCCAAUCCAGAAGCAUUCGAUAAACAAUACCAAUACGACCCUGAGGAUUCUUGCCCCUGUCGUCACAACUGCAGCGACUGCAAAGAGAUGAUAGAAGAACAGAUCGAGCUGCUCUACCGAGAAAGAUCCAGAUACAAUACCGAGUGCGAAACCACGAUGGAAGAAUACAAAGAGCUCGAUGACAGAUACAAGGCUCUAAUCCUUCGGGCUACCAACUCUUCAAGGUAUAAAAUUUCUCGUGGUCCGAACGAUAAUAUCUACGAGCAAUAUGAUGAUUACGUUCAUCUCAGAGUUGAACCAGAUGAAGUUCUCGUGGAGGAAUACGAACACCUCCUUCCUCACCAAGACGAAAAUUCGAAUACACCUCGCGAUCGAUGUGGUUCGUGUUCUUACUGUGCUCUCGAGCUGAAACUCAUCAAUUUUGCCAAAGUCAACCGCAUUUUCCCCAUAUUAUUCGACUUCAAGCAAGAAUACAGCGAUUUAUUCGACGAGUAUUUAGAUUUCAAUAAUAGAAUAAUAGGGAUUUGUUAG